AGUGCAUUCGAUACACAUGCUGUGUUCUAGUGUUAGGAACUUCUCUCUCGGUUCCUGAGGUUCCUGAGGUUCCUGAGAGGAAUCUGAGCCCUGAGGCUGGCAGGCAGUGCUCCUGAGAUCAUGUGCACCCUGUAGAAAUGUCCUGUAAACAGAGCGGGGACACAGGGACACUUUUGGAAGAGGACUCGGGCAGCUAAACCCAAACAGAGCGUUUCUGUGACUUUAACUUGAAUUCUUGAAAAAUCAGACGGAAAAUUAAACUUUCAGAAGAAGAGUGUGAUCUACAUGUGUGAUGGAGAUGUGACACACUUCCGAAUUGUUACGGGAAUGUGGCAGCGGGGGCGUGGUCAAGCGUCGGUCUGUGACCGGAGGGCAGAGUCAGGGAAGGACUGCGGACUCCAUCAUGGCAGCUGCCAGAGGGCCUGUCCUGGGUGCCACCAGUCCCACGCUGAACUACGACGACUUCUGCAUGUACAAUUACAUGUCUGAUGAUGAACUGAUGCAGCUGGCCAUCGAACGCAGUCUCGCCGAGACCCACGACAGCUCCACGAUGUCUCCAGCUGAAAACAUGAAGAGCUCCAUUCCUCAGCGCCGGGCAGAGGUUCCCCGACCGAGUCAGUGCCAGAUACCGCAGCCUGCUCCGCCCCCCUGUCCUGCAAACCCACCCAGGGAGAAAAAUGAGCAUCUACCUCUGACAGUGAGCCACUUCAUAACGGGGAAUGGGAAGCGAAUGGUGGCGUACCGGAGAUACGACGGAACUCUUAUCGAAGUCAAACCCGAGGCGGAAGAAGAAGUGGAUCCUGUGGUGAAGGCGAUCAAGGACGGAGCUGUUGGAACUUUGCGAGGACUGAUCAAAAAAGUCGACUGCAACCUUCUGAUGCCGAAUGAACUCGGCUGGAUCCCGCUUCACGAGGCCGCGCACUACGGCCAGGACCAGUGCAUUACAGCGCUCCUGAGAGCCCAACCUGGGAUGAUUAACAAGCGCACGCCGAACGAUCAGACGGCUCUCCUGCUGGCCGUGUUGAAGGAGAACAAGGAGUGUGUGGCGUGUCUGCUGGAGAAAGGUGCGGAUCCCGACAUUGCCAACAAGGACAAGGAGACGCCUCUGUAUAAAGCGUGUGAGAAGGAAAACCCAGCCAUCGUGGCCAUGCUGCUGAAUCAUGGCGCGACGGUGAACAAAAUCUGUAUCCAAGGCUGGACAGCGCUGCACGAGGCCGUGUGCAGGAACAACGUAGAGAUCUGUGACAUGCUAGUGAAGGCAGGGGCAAAAAUUAGCAUACCCAACAUUUACGGCAUCACCCCCAUCUUCGUUGCGGCACAAAGUGGGAACAUAGACGCGCUUCGGUUCCUCCUGAAAAAUGGUGCUGAUAUCAACAGCCAGGCAGCAGAUGGCGCCACGGCGCUUUAUGAAGCCUGUAAGAACGGUCAUGUGGGGAUUGUGGAGUUCCUGCUGUCUCAAAAAGCUGACGCCAACAAACCAGGCAAAAGUGGACUGCUGCCAAUUCACAUAGCAGCUCAGAGGGGGAACGAUCGCACCGACCUCUUCACUUUCGGGUCAGCGCACCACACUGACCGGGCCCUUCAAAUUGUAGCGAUGCUCAUCCCUGCUACCAGUAAGGCCCGUGUGAGGCGUAGUGGCAUCAGUCCUCUCCAUCUCGCCGCUGAGCGAAACCGAGACGAGAUCCUCGAGCUGCUCAUCGAGUCCGGCUUUGACGUCAAUGCCAUGCUGUCUGAGGACCGCAGCACCAUGUAUGAGGACCGCCGCAGCACUGCCCUGUACUUCUCCGUCAUCAAUAACAACAUCGAUGCCACCCAGAUGCUCCUGCAGGCCGGCGCCGACCCCAACCUGGACACCUUCAACCCUCUGCUUGUAGCCCUGAGGCAGGGCUGCAUGAGGACCGUGAAGUUACUGGUGGAACACGGCGCUAACGUCAACGCCUACAUCCCCACACACCCCACCACCUUCCCUGCCACCGUCAUGUUCUGCAUGAAGUACCUCACCAUGCUCAAGUAUCUCAUGGACAAUGGCUGCGACGCGCUGUCAUGUUUUAUCUGUGAGUACGGCACCGAUCCUCACCCGCCUCUGAAAACCAGGAGAAGCGAGAGAACGCCCUUCAGAGAUGAUCAAACUACAUUGCAAAUCACCUGUGUACAGUUUUGUGACAUGGUUUCCACGGACACGUACAGCGCCUGGGCAGGACCCAUCAUAGACGUGUUGCUGGAUUACGUCGGUGAUGUGAAGCUCUGUUCCCGACUCAUCGAACACUUGGACAGUUACUCAGGCUGGGCCAACAUCAAGGAGAAAGCAAUGCCUCCGCGGCCGCUGAUGCAGCUCUGCAGGCUGAAGAUCUGGCAGCUGAUCGGAAUCCACAGACUGAACAAAAUCAAAAAGUUGCCCCUUCCUGGACGACUGAUCAAGUUUCUGAAUCAUGAGGAGCGCACACGAGAUUUAUGAGCCUCGUUUGAUGUGAGAGAAAACAGAUAAAGGGAAAGAUGAAAAAUAAUUUUUAAAAAAGAAGGAACGACACAUUUACACGAUACGGUACUGCGCAGAAGCCCGAGGGCAAUUUCAAGAAAUUCUGUAAAGAGAAGAUUGAAAUGACAAUGAGAUAAAAAAAGAUUCGUAAUGACUCCAAAAUCAGAUCAAAUCAAUAAUCAGUGUGAGCUGUCGCAUUUAAAGCUGCAUUGUUUCUCUCAAUUUGUACCGUUCUAUAAGGAAAUAAGCUGCAUGUUUUAUUCUGCAUCUUGAACACUCUCGAAAGUUCUUCUGUUUCGGCACCUAAAUCCAGAACAGCUUCUGGUGUGUGUGUGUGUGUGUGUGUGUGUGUGUGUGUGUUUGUCCAAAAGAAAACAUUUUUACGACUGAAUAUAUUGCAUUCUUGAACAACAUACACGCUUCUCUGUUGAAGAUUUACUUCAUUUCUGGAAGAAAAAAAAUUACGAUGCAGAAAACAAUCAAAAUGUCUCAGACUCAAGUUAUCAUUUAUUUCUAAAUGUAUAUUAUUCGAUUUUUAUUAUAAUUAUUACACUGCAGCCUCACUAUAACGAAGUCCUUGGGUGACAUCCAAAUAGUUUGUUAUUGAGGUUUUUCACCCACGUGACCAAGUCAUGUGAUGCAUCAUUAGGCUGCCAUUUUGGACGGCACGGCUCGAAUCGGUUUGAAUGCGAGGAAGGCGACAAACGAAAAACAUAAAAGAAAAAGGAGCGAGAUGCAGAAAACACCUUCACUAUCCAGCGACGUAGGGCAUUUACAGGGCGAGCAGAGGGAGAGGUAUUUGCAAAAAUUGAGGUUAGCAGGCUUAGAGAACGACGUUU